CCGGCCUCGCCGCCGGGCGGCCCGCAGCCUCGAACUGCGGGCUCUGGGUUGCGACGGCGGGAGCCUUUGCCUCGGUAGCCAUGGCGGCGGCCGCGUGACGUCAGGCGGCAGCAUGGCGGCGGGCGGGCUGCUGUGGCUGGCGGCCGCGCUGGGGCCGGGGCUCGCCGCGCCGCGCUACAGCCCGGACUGGGCCAGCCUGGACGCACGGCCGCUGCCCGCCUGGUUCGACCAGGUGAAGGUGGGGGUGUUCGUGCACUGGGGCGUGUUCUCCGUCCCGGCCUGGGGCUCCGAGUGGUUCUGGUGGCACUGGCGGGGGGAGCGCCGCGCCGACUACGAGCGCUUCGUGCAGCAGCGCUUCCCGCCCGCCGCCUCGUACGCGGACUUCGCGCCCCAUUUCACCGCCCACGACUUCCAGCCCCGUGAGUGGGCUCGGCUCUUCCGGCGGGCCGGUGCCAGGUACGUGGUGCUGACCACAAAGCACCAUGAAGGCUUCACCAACUGGGGGUCUCCUGUGUCCUGGAACUGGAAUUCUUUGGACACAGGGCCCCACCGCGACCUCGUGGGAGAGCUGGGACAGGCGCUCAGAGAGAACAACUUACGCUACGGACUAUAUCAUUCUCUGUUAGAGUGGUUCAACCCUCUCUAUCUGUCUGACAAAGAAAGCGGCUUCAAGACCCAGAACUUUGUUUUAAAGAAGACAAUGCCAGAACUCUAUGAUCUUGUCUUAAAGUAUAAACCAGAUUUGAUUUGGUCAGAUGGAGACUGGGAAGCUCCAGACUCAUACUGGAAUUCUACCUCCUUCCUUGCCUGGCUGUAUAACGACAGUCCUGUCAAGGAUACUGUUGUUGUGAACGACCGUUGGUGUAAUAAUUGCUCCUGCCAUCACGGAGGCUUCUACAACUGUGCUGACAAAUACAAGCCAGGGACCCUGCCGGCUCACAAGUGGGAGAUGUGCUCCUCCAUUGACAAGCUCUCCUGGGGUUAUCGAAGCAACAUGCACAUUGAUGAGUUAAUGGAUGUAGCCAGUAUCAUCAAGGAGCUAGUGCAAACUGUGAGCUUUGGAGGCAACUACCUUCUCAACGUGGGACCUACAAAAGAGGGAGUGAUUGUUCCCAUCUUCCAAGAAAGGCUUCUGGCCCUCGGGAGAUGGCUGGGCACAAACGGGGAGGCAAUUUAUGAGUCAAAGCCAUGGAGAGUACAGAUGGAGAACAGCACAGACACCAUCUGGUACACUUCCAAAGGACCAGUUGUCUACGCCAUCUUUCUGACCUGGCCUCAGAACAGUGUGUUGCAGCUGUCCGUGCCCAUUCCAUCCCCAGCCACACAAGUUUGAUCUCACUGUUUAACAUGGAACAGACAGAGUGAGUUCAUCUCCCAUAGAAUAGGUAGGAACAUUUCUCCCUGCAACUGUUUGAUCCUAUUGACGCAUGGAGGUAAAGUAAAUAACAAGCCUCACACACAGAAGGGAUCACUGGUAUUACAUCUCCAAUUCAGAUGAGGUACACUGACUUGCUAAUUGUAAAUGUAAUUGUGACGCAAAUGCUACUGUGCCCUUUGCUCUAAACAAACACAGGUAAAGCCUUCUCAGUUGCUUUUUUUUUCUUUUUUUUUUUUUCUUUUUUUUUGGGGGUGGGGGUAGGAGGGUAAGCCACCCAAAACCCAGCACACUGCAGUCAAAUGUUUGGCCCAAAAAUAUCCCUUAUGCUGUCAUUUGUGUUUCCACCACUCUGAACCGUGGGUGGAAAAGUACAGGGCUGCCUCGAAUGUGUGGCAAGUGCUGCAGAUGUAGGGACUGGUGUCCUGCAGUGUUCAGUGUC